AUGUCUCUAAGGCGUAAUGAGUGUUGCAGGUGUUUUAGUAAACAAAGAAACCUAAGGAUACAUGAAAGAGUUCACACUGGGAAAAAGUCUCAUGAAUGUAAACAGUGUGGCAAGUGUUUUAACAAAGCAGAAAAGCUACAGAUUCAUGAAAGAAUUCUCACUGGAGAAAAGCCUUAUAAAUGUAAACAGUGUGGCAAGUGUUUUAGUGUAGCAGGACGACUAAGCAGGCAUGAAAGAGUUCACACGGGGGAAAAGCUUUACGAAUGUAAACAGUGUGGCAAGUGUUUUAGCCAAGCAGGACACCUAAAGAGGCAUGAAAGAGUUCACACUGGGGAAAAGCCUUACGAAUGUAAACAGUGUGGCAAGUGUUUUAGUCGAGCAGGAACCCUAAGUAGCCAUGAAAGAGUUCACACUGGGGAAAAGCCUUAUGAAUGUAAACAGUGUGGCAAGUGUUUUAGUCGAGCAGUAUACCUAAGGAGUCAUGAAAGAGUUCACACUGGGGAAAAGCCUUAUGAAUGUAAACAGUGUGGCAAGUGUUUUAGGCCCUAAGGAGCCAUGUUUUCACACUGGGGAAAAGCCUUAUGAAUGUAAACAGGAACCCUAAGCAGGAACCCUAUGAAAUGAAAGAGUUCACACUGGGGAAAAGCCUUAUGAAUGUAAACAGUGUGGCAAGUGUUUUAGCGAAGCAGGAACCCUAAGGAGCCAUGAAAGAGUUCACACUGGGGAAAAGCCUUAUGAAUGUAAACAGUGUGGCAAGUGUUUUAGCCAAGCAGGACACCUAAGGAGUCAUGAAAGAGUUCACACUGGGGAAAAGCCUUAUGAAUGUAAACAGUGUGGCAAGUGUUUUAGCGAAGCAGGAAACCUAAGGAGCCAUGAAACAGUUCACACUGGGGAAAAGCCCUAUGAAUGUAAACAUUGUGGCAAGUGUUUUAGUGUAGUAGGACACCUAAGGAGACAUGAAAGAGUUCACACUAGGGAAAAGCCUUAUGAAUGUAAACAGUGUGGCAAGUGUUUUAGCCGAUCAGGAGACCUAAGGAGUCAUCAAAGAGUUCACACUGGGGAAAAGCCUUAUGAAUGUAAGCAGUGUGGCAAGUGUUUUAGCCAAGCAGGAAACCUGAGGAAGCAUGAAAUAAUUCACAGCAGGGAAAAGCUG